CCAACUAUAAGAUUCCAUUGUGCUGGACACAUUUGAUUAAUUUAACUACAGUUUGGACUUGAAUUUGAUUCAAGUUGAAUAUAGCCUACUGUAGAUUCAACUUGCAUUGCGAAGGAAGUUGUUGUGAAUUAGCAUCACGUAAAUUUCAUUGAACAGGAUUUUCUACAGGAUCACCUUUUUAUUUUUUUUAUUUCUAAAUGUUUUAAGAGUCUGCAAUCUGACCCAAUCAUAUCUGCCCAUUUGCUGCCAGGCAAAACAGCCCUAUGGCCACCGGUUAGCACUGACACAGAUGAAAAGUCCCACCUCUCCUUUACUGGGACUCUCUCUGUCAAAUUUGAAAUGCCUCAUUAAUUUGUCAAGCAUGAUAAGUUGAACCGCCUUCUCCUUGACACAUGCACAAGUUCCCUCCACCCUCCAGCCCUCACUCACUGAUGAUUGCUGUGUGACUGUAAACAAGCAGAAAGGAGGAAUAAGGGCACAGACAAAGGAAGAGGGAGGAAGGAACUCGCAUGCCCGUGCUUGGAUGCUGGAAACUUCCAAAAAUCCAGGGAAGUUAUUCCAUCCCUCCUUCAAGCUGAAGAAGAGUCAAAUGUGGACUAUUUAGCAGCCGGUGUUUUAACCAGCAGGUCUGGAGUUCAUCCAUGAUGCAGUCCCACCUCACGCUGUUGCUGGUGCUUGUGGCCUCUGCAUCUUCAGAGGAAUGGAAGCCGAUAAUCAAAGUCAAUUCCAAGGUGGUGACGGGCCCCGAGGUGGUGGUUAGGGCCGGGAGGCCUUUGGAUCUGAGGUGUGAAGGCGGCGGACCUGUGAACUGGCAACCCAGGCUGGCCAAACACAGGCGUUAUGUAUCCAGGGGCAACGGGAACGUCCGCGUCUUCAAGGUGGAACGCUCCACGGCAGAAUUCACUGGAACGUACAAGUGCUUCUACACUGCUAAACCCAGUUUCAAUAAUCUGACCUCCUCACUGCAUGUGUAUGUGAAAGACCCACAGCGAGUGUUUUGGACAAGCAGCACAUCUCUGCGUGUGGUGAGAAAGGAGGGUGAUAACUUCCUACUGCCCUGCCUGCUAACAGACCCCUCAGCCACCGAUCUGGGCCUCCGCAUGGACAACGGCACCACUGUGCCACCUGGAAUGAACUUCACCGUGGACAGGCACCGUGGCAUCCUCAUCCACAGCCUCCACCCGAGCUUCAACGCUGACUACGUCUGCACCGCCACGGUCAAUGGAGUGGAAAGAACCUCCAAGGCGUUUUCCAUCAACGUCAUUCAGAAGCUUCGCUUCCCUCCGUAUGUCUUCUUGGAGACAGAUGAAUAUAUACGGAUAGUUGGGGAAGAAAUUAAGAUUCGCUGCACAACACACAAUCCAAACUUUAACUACAACGUCACAUGGAAAUACACCACCAAAUCGAAGCCAAGAAUAGAAGAGACCGUUCGCUCAAAUGGAGAAAAUCGUCUAGACAUCCAGAGCAUCCUGACAAUCUCUGCCGUGGACCUUGCAGACACUGGAAACAUCUCCUGCAUCGGAACUAACGAAGCCGGAGUGAACAGUACAACUACGUACCUGCUGGUUGUGGAUAAGCCCUACAUCAGGCUGCUGCCCCAGCUCUCACCAACACUGACCCUCAAGGGUCUCUCUGUUGUGGUGAAAGAGGGAGAAGACCUGGAGCUCAGCUUACUCAUUGAAGCCUACCCUCAUAUAACCGAGCAAGGAUGGCUGACUCCGACACCGCCCAACACAUCCACACAGGAGCACAAGUUCAUCCGAUACAACAACAGAUACGUCGCAACUCUGCAGUUGAAGAGGAUGAACAUACAGGAGCAAGGACAAUACACUUUCUACGCAAAGAGUGACUUGACCAACGCAUCCAUCUCAUUUCAAGUCCAAAUGUAUCAGAGACCUAAUGCAGUCGUCAGAUGGGAAAAUGUAACUACUCUGGCUUGUACCUCGUUUGGCUAUCCGGCUCCGAGGAUCAUCUGGUAUCAGUGUCUGGGGAUACGACCCACGUGUAAUGAAAAUACGUCAGGGUUGCAGCUGGCCAUCCCUCUCCAGGCUCCCACUGUGGAAGUCCAGAGGGAAGAGUACGGGGCUGUGGAGGUGGAGAGCGUCCUCACGGUUGGACCGUCCAGCCAGAGGAUGACGGUGGAGUGCGUAGCCUUCAACCUCAUUGGUGUGAGCAGAGACACACUCGCCAUGGAGGUGUCUGACAAGCUCUUCACUACAACCCUGAGCGGAGCUGCAGGAAUUCUAGCAAUCCUCCUGGUGCUGCUGGCCAUUCUGCUUUACAAAUACAAGCAGAAACCCCGCUACGAAAUCCGUUGGAAAAUCAUAGAAGCGAGGGAUGGCAACAAUUACACUUUCAUCGACCCCACACAGCUGCCAUACAACGAGAAGUGGGAGUUCCCAAGAGACAAGCUAAAACUAGGAAAGAUUUUGGGUGCGGGUGCAUUUGGAAAAGUUGUGGAAGCAACAGCUUACGGUUUGGGGAAGGAGGACAAUGUCAUGCGCGUGGCUGUGAAAAUGUUAAAAGCCAGUGCCCAUUCAGAUGAGAGGGAGGCUCUAAUGUCUGAACUGAAGAUCCUAAGUCACCUGGGGCAUCACAAACACAUAGUCAAUCUGCUUGGGGCCUGCACUUAUGGAGGACCAGUGCUUGUGAUCACUGAGUACUGCAGCCUCGGUGACCUGCUGAACUUCCUUCGCCAGAAAGCAGAGACUUUUGUGAACUUCGUCAUUAACAUUCCCGAGAUCGGCGAGAGCUCGAACGAUUACAAAAACAUUUGCAUUCAGAAGCAGUUCAUCAGAAGUGACAGCGGGAUCUCCAGCUUCGCCUCAAGCAGCUACUUGGAGAUGAGACCCACUCAGCUGCCAAAUACAGAACAAUCUCGAGAGUCGGACUGCGAGGAGACUGGCGACUGGCCACUGGACAUUGACGACCUGCUGAGAUUCUCCCUUCAAGUCGCGCAGGGCCUUGACUUUCUCGCUGCUAAAAAUUGUAUCCACAGAGACGUUGCUGCAAGGAACGUCCUCCUGACCAGCCGCAGAGAGGCAAAGAUUUGUGACUUUGGUUUGGCCCGAGACAUCAUGAAUGACUCCAACUAUGUUGUGAAGGGAAAUGCCCGUCUGCCUGUGAAGUGGAUGGCCCCAGAGAGCAUCUUUGACUGUGUCUACACUGUGCAGAGUGACGUCUGGUCCUACGGCAUCCUCUUAUGGGAGAUUUUCUCUUUAGGCCAGAGUCCAUAUCCCAACAUGGCUGUGGACACCAGGUUCUACAAGAUGGUGAAGCGCGGCUAUCAGAUGUCCCAGCCUGACUUUGCUCCACUAGAUAUGUACGUCAUCAUGAAAAUGUGCUGGAACCUGGAACCCACAAAGCGUCCGACCUUUAGCAAAAUCGGACAAAUGAUAGAAAAGCUACUGGGGGGCCACCUGGAGGAGGAGCAGGUAAUCUACCAGAAUAUGCAGCAGGAGGUCACAGAGGCUGAUGCCUAUGACAAGCCUAAGUGUCACGAUGGCCCCUGUGACCAGUCUUGUGACCACGACGAGGAGGAGCAGCCUCUGAUGAAGACAAACAACUAUCAGUUUUGUUGAAAGAGUCCCAAACAACAAUACAUUUGUAAAAAAUAAAAAAUAAAAAGCCACAGAACAUUAAAAAAAAUAAUAGAAUGAUUCAACAAAAUAUAAACUGCUGCAGCCCAAGGCUGAGUCCUUUUAUUUUUUUUUUUUUUUUUUUUUUUUUUGUUUUUUUGCGGCAGUGCAGACUGUUACCCUCUCGGCUAUUUUUUACUCUCUUGUGCCUGUUCGCCAGACAGACGACCGGCUGCAGCGAAAGCAUGUGACUCGCUUCUGUGCAGACCAUGACUAGAAACUGCCAAUUCCAACCUCGACUGCAAGACACGAAGGGAGGAAUCAUGUCAACAAGCAUGCAAGCUCUACAGAGCUGUUAUUAUAUUGAAAACAUCGCCACUGGUGGACUGUUCAUCAGUCUUUCGUCUUGCAUAACAUGUUUAUUUUAUCGGUUAUCUGCUGUACAUCGUCUUUAUUACAUUGUUUACUGUAACAAGGUGACAAGUCUUGUUUUUUUUGUUUUUUUUUUUUGUGGAGGUUGAAAUCAGCAGGAUCACUUCCUUUUUAAAUGGUUUUUAUUGCCAGCACGUGCAAUAUGAGCUUGCGUGUACUGCAUGCGCAAUAAUAACUGCGAACAUUGGACUAAAACGGUUCGAUUUAUGAUUUUCUCAAAGUUAGUCAGUUUUUUUUUUUGUUUUUUUUUUCUUCUCACUCUUUUAGGUGAAGGUCGGAAAAACAUGUUCCUUCCUAAUCUGUACAUGGUAAAGCAACUGAAACGAGGAGGCAAAUGAAUGACCAUGUUGUUUUCUCGGUGCCUCGGUCAUGGCUCGUUUUCUUUGCAAUGCUCGUCAGUGGUUAGUAACGUGAUUGUUCUGCUUCACUUUAAUUAAUUUAGCGGUGUAGUUUAGAAGCAGAAAGAAUCUGUGGAUGUAUUCUGGGCCUUUCAUGUCUGACAAUGUGAACUUCUUAUCGUUUUUUUUUAAUGUACAUUUUGUACGUGACAACUGGAUCUUUUCAUUCCCCGGCAUUAGAUGAAUGUUUCACUAAUGUCUGUAUGUAGCAGUCAGCCUACACUGCCAACUGUAAGAUGAUUUUUAGAAUGAUUUAUAAGCUAUACGAGCGAUACAGAUGGAAAAUUUGUGCGAUGUCAGGCAUUUUGUACGUGUCCGCGUCUGAAGGUGUCUCAUAGUGUAUGAGACAAACUCAAGUUAUCUUUGUUUUCACUGGAAUGUUGUAGAUUGUAGCACAUCGGUAUUUCAGUGUGUGUUUUUUGUUUGUUUGUUUAAAUCAGUGCAGAUGCAGUUGUUGAAUAAAAUCUUACCAAUAAAAGUCCAGCUCCCACUUCGGUAAACCUCGGAA